CAUGUGGAAGAGAAAGCUGCACAUCACCCGUACCAAAGCCUCCAGCAAGAAACGCACGGCUCUGGCUGAAAAAACUGAAGUAUUAAGUGAAGAUCUUCUACAGGUGGAGAAGCGUCUGGAGUUGGUCAAGCAGGUGUCCCACAGCACCCACAAGAAGCUGACUGCCUGUCUGCAGGGUCAGCAGGGCGUGGAGGUGGAGAAGAAGUCUGUCAGAUCCCCCUCGAAAAAGCUACCCCUCACGACACUAGCACAAUGUAUGGUGGAAGGGGCUGCAGUGCUGGGAGACGAAUCCCUAUUAGGGAAGAUGCUGAAGCUGUGUGGGGAGACGCAGGACAAGCUGGCUCAGGAGCUGAUCCAGUUUGAGGUCACCAUCGAGAGGGACGUGAUAGAGCCCCUCUACGACCUGGCCGAGGUGGAAAUACCAAACAUCCAGAAACAAAGGAAACAUUUAGCUAAAUUAGUCUUGGACAUGGACUCUGCACGCACAAGGUUCUACCAGUCCUCCAAGUCCUCAGGGCUGUCCAGCACCCUCCAGCCCGCGGGCGCCAAGGCCGAGCACCACAGGGAGGAGAUGGAGGAGGCCGCCAACAGGAUGGAGAUCUGCAGGGACCAGCUAUCAGCAGACAUGUACAGUUUUAUGGCCAAAGAAAUAGAAUAUGCACGCUACUUCCAGACAUUGAUAGAUGUCCAGUCGGAGUACCACAAGAAGUCAUUAGAACUGCUCCAGAGUCUACUGCCCCAGAUCAAAGCCCACCAGGAGUCCUGGGUGGAGAAGCCGUGCUACGGGAAGGCCCUGGAGGAGCACCUGGACCUCAGCGGGCGCGACAUCGCCUUCCCCAUCGAGGCCUGUGUCACCAUGCUGCUGGAGUGUGGCCUGCAGGAAGAGGGUCUGUUCAGAGUGGCCCCCUCAGCCUCCAAACUGAAGAAGCUCAAGGCCUCUCUGGACUGUGGCGUGAUGGAUGUCCAGGAGUACUCUGCAGACCCGCACGCCAUCGCUGGGGCUUUGAAGUCCUACCUACGAGAGCUGCCGGAACCAUUGAUGACCUUUGAACUGUACGAUGAAUGGAUUCAGUCGUCCAACAUCCAAGACCAGGACAAGAGGAAGCUGGCCCUGCAACUCACCUGCGAUAAACUACCCCCAGCUAACGCCAACAACUUCAAGUACUUGAUCAAAUUCCUGUCCAAGCUCACAGAGUACCAAGAUGACAACAAGAUGACCCCGGGGAACAUCGCCAUAGUGCUGGGUCCCAACCUGCUGUGGACGCACAGCGAAGGUAACAUCACGGAGAUGAUGACCACGGUCUCCCUGCAGAUCGUCGGCAUCAUCGAGCCCAUCAUCCAACACGCUGACAGCUUGUAUCCCGGGGAGAUUGAGUUCAACGUGACAGGUAACUACGGCAGCCCAGUGCACACCAACCACAACGCCAACUACAGCUCCAUGCCCUCGCCGGACAUGGAGCUCAGCGAGCGCCGGCACAACGACCAGAGCCGACGUCCACUCAGCGUCGCCACCGACAACAUGAUGCUGGAGUUCUACAAGAAGGAUGGCAUUAGGAAGAUACAAAGCAUGGGUGUCAGGGUGAUGGACACCUCGUGGGUGUCGCGCCGGGGCUCGUCGUCCGCCGCGCGCAACGCCUCGCCGGGCGCCCACCCCCCCACCCCGCCCUUUGACGCGCUCGCCCCUGAGUACCUGGGGGGCUUCGCCACCGGGCCCCCCUCCCCCACCCCGCCCCCCACUAGCAGGUAAGGCUGUGGACGCGCAAAUUUGUAUGAUGCGUCCUCUGCUUGGUCGGAGCCCUGCUAUGCCUACCCCUCCCCCGAGGAGGAGAGGCCCCCGCCCCCCUACCCCUACUCCUCCUCCUUCUCCUCCUUCUCUUCCUCCUCCCCCUCCUCCGCCUCCCCUGGCGGGCGCCCCGGCGGGCCCUCGCCCCCCCCGCCCCGCUGGGCCGCCUACACCCCUCCCCCGCUCCUCCCCCAGCAGCUGGACAUCAACUCCAACCCCCGGCAGCCCAGCUCGCUCCACCUGCCCCGCCAGACCUCCCUGUGCACCCCCGGCCCCGCCCGCGGGACCCCGCCCGAGCCCGGCGGCCCGCCCCCGUACGUUAAGACCCCCCUGGUGCUGACCCGCCACCACCACCACCCCCACCACCACCACCCCCCGGCCCCGCCCCCCUCGGCCCCUCCUCCCUGGGCCGCAUGUGCCUGUAGCCGAGACAGAGGAGCCAUGCUUACUAGCACGUUGAAGAACAAGGAGCUCUCUCCCGUGAUUGGCCAGAAGGGCAUGCAGGGUCCGGCGGGCUCGGUGGGGCAGCUGAGCCACGCGGAGCACAGCCCCUGCACCGUCAGGAGAGCGAGGAAGCUGGCCCCCAUCCCCCCCAAAGUGCCCUACUGCCAGUCGGGGGCCAUGUCCGACCAGUCCACGGGCCAGCCCUCCCCAGUCAGCCUGUCCCCCACCCCCCCCAGCACGCCCUCGCCCUACAGCUUCAGCUACCCCCAGGGCUACGCCACCAUCGCCACCCCGGGGCACUUCCAGAGCUCUGUCACCUCCCAGUCGCUGCCCUCGCCCCCCUCGCUGGGGGGCACCCUGACCAAGGCCCGGCCCACCCCCAAGCCCCCGCGGUCGAGGCCCAACCUGCCCCCGCCCCAGCCGCCCAGCACCCCGGGCUCAAGCCCCCAGCCCCUGGAGCCCUCCCCCGGCCUGCUGGACGGGCUGUCCCCUGGGGAGAGCAUGUCCACAGAUUCUUUUUGCAACCUGGAUAUCCCCAUCAUAAACGUGGAGCUGGACGGUAUUUUUGAUGAGCCCCUCAUCGCCCCCUACAGGAACUCCAUCGCCAUCGUCCAGACCACCUGCAGCAAGGCCGAGUCGGAGGAGGAGGAGGAGGAGACAGAGAGCACAGUGCUAUGACGUCACAGGCUGCCCCGCCCACCACCACGAUCACAACCACACACUGCUAGCGCGGCACGCGAAACACCCUCCCUGACCCCUCGUCCACAACGUUCCAACGUAGGGCCCCCUUCGUCCCGGCUAAAGCACACAGGGCUAUGAGUGGCUGGGAGAAAACAUCAUCGAUUCAAUCCCAUAGAAAAACUGCCAUUCUCAUUCACUGUAUCCGGGAUUUUUAUAAGUUCAGACAUUUGCACGAAGGGAAUUUCACCACAACCUCUGUGUUGUGCGUCUACUGGAUCCUUGGUUUUAUUCGGUGUUUAUUUUUGAUUUAAUUGAAGUUAUUGUCUGCCGUUUUAUUUUUGCCUUAUUUGAUUUUCAUACUAUACAUUUGCCUUCAACCGCAUGCAUGUGUAACACCGAAAAACAGGCAGAACUAAGGUUUGUUUUGUGUGGAGGGAAGAACCGCCUAUUGUCGUGUACAUCUGUCAUUCCAAAUGGUGGGCUCUUGUCUCGCGUUCAUUCGAGAUUAACCGCCAUCUUUCGAAGCCAUCUGUAGACCCCCCCCUCUCUCCCCCUCCGUCCGUCCGUCCGUCCCCUCGUCGUGGAUUCUCGAAGUGGGAAGGGUUCUGGGAGACGAAACGGUUCAGUCCAAACGCCAGUAGCGCCUGAGCCUUUAACUGUGAGCGAUGCCCGUGUGCUACGGUGUCUUGGAAAGUGUGUGUGUGCGCGCGCGUGUUCGUGCGAGUGUCGUAUUUAGACGUGUCUGUGUCUGUGUGUGUGCGUGUGUGUGUGUGUGUGUGUGCGUGACGUGUUUUCUAUCUGUACUCUAUGAUGUUUGCACAGUUGGUGUCGUAAAACAUAAAUGGGGAAUGCAUGUUUUUGAGCGUAAUAAGGAACUAUGACCCGGCCGCAGAGAGCUUGAACGCCUAAACUUUCACUGAUGUUCUGUAGGUGUUUCCAUCGUAGUCAAUCAGGUUAUCAGUCACUGAAUAUUUAUUUAUAAGGGACAUUUUCAGAGGACAUGAUAUGAUUACUAUGGAC